CGACACUUUCUUGAUCCGAUCGGUUUAUAUUUUAAGAUAAACUCAUUGAUUCAAUCAUCCUUUCUAUGAUUUCCACAUUUGCGUCUGAGAAUAAUCAACUUCUUGAAUGUAAUAAAAGAGCAUUUAGCUCCCACAUAUUGAGCUUAUAGGAGAGAGAGAGAGAAGUUUACAAGAAAGUUCGGUUCACAAGGUUUUUUGUAGUACUUGGAAUCAAAAUUCCAAGAAAACGUUCUAAGUUUCAGGUUUCAGGAUUUGUUGCACAUCUUACUGCCAAAUUCUGUGCGAAACAGUUGUUUCAAAGGCUGAAGUCUUGGUCAUCACUAGUUAAUUCUAAGAGCAAUGGCUAUGGUUAAAACGUCAGCUUAUAAUCUAGAUUUGAGGCCAAGUUCUCAACUUUUGAAUAGUGAAUGCAAGUAUGAUGAAUCAAGUGUAAAAAAAAGCAAAGAACUCUUGAAGAUGACGGGUGAAGAAAAGAGGAAGAUUUCAGGAAGAUCUAUUUCACUUCCGUCCAUAGAUAUAUUUUUAGAUGAGAAACCAGGUUGGCCUUUCCUUAAAACUGCAACUUUAGAGACACCAAAAGUUCACCGACGGCACACGAGAAAAAUCUCAGUGGUCAACUGGGUCAUGAGCUUACCUGAACGGUUUCCAAAUCAUCAUCAGCAGAAUCUUAACUACGAGACAAGCUUUGUUAAGAAGCAACUUAAGGAAAUAUUAAGAGACAGCAAGAAAUGGUUCAACUACAACGUUCUUAAGAAAGCAACAUCAAAUUUCUCUCAAGAGAAUUUGAUUGGGAAAGGAGGAUGCAGCAAAGUGUACAGAGGGAUUCUUGAAGAUGGAAAAGGUAUUGCUGUGAAAAUCUUGAAAUCAUCAUCUAAUAAAGACGCUACGACAGAUUUUGUUCAUGAAAUCAACAUCAUCUCUUCUUUGAGUCACCAAAACAUCUCAGGCUUACUUGGUGUUUGUGUCCAAAACAAUGAUCUAAUCUCCGUUUACAGUCUUUCAUCCGUAGGAAGUUUAGAGGAAACCCUUCACGGUAAGCAAAAGGGAAAGCAUGUAUUAUCAUGGAAACAUAGAUUCAAGAUAGCUAUCGGGUUGGCAGAAGCGCUAGAUUAUCUUCAUAAUCAGUGUUCUAAGCCAGUGAUUCACAGAGAUGUCAAAACUUCUAACGUUCUUCUCUCAGAUGAGCUCCAACCUCAGCUUUCAGAUUUUGGAUUGUCGAUGUGGGGACCUACGACAUCUUCUCGAUAUUCGAUACAAGCUGAUGUGGUGGGCACUUUUGGAUACCUUGCACCAGAGUAUUUCAUGUACGGAAAAGUCAGUGAUAAAGUCGAUGUUUACGCCUUUGGAGUGGUUCUGCUUGAACUCAUAUCAGGAAGAAAUCCUAUUUCGCCUCAGAAUCCUAGAGGACAAGAGAGUUUGGUCAUGUGGGCAAAACCGUUGAUUGAGAAUGGAAAUUUAAAACGGCUGUUGGAUCCAGAAGUUACAAAUACAUACGAAGAGUCUCAGUUUCAAAGAAUGGUACUUGCUGCUUCACAUUGCCUCACAAGAUCCGCCACACAUCGUCCCAAUAUAAGACAAAUACUGAGGCUACUAAGAGAUGAAAACGAAGUGGGGAAAUGGAUUAUGGAAGAAGAAGAAAAGGAAGAUUGCUUCGAUGACGAGGUUUACCCAAAUUCCAGCGCGGAAUUACACUUGAGCGUUGCGAUGCUUGAGGUGGAAGACGAUGAAUCUGCAUCAGUCAGCAGCAUGGAGAGAAGUUACAACAGCCUUUUCUCUUCUUCGUGUUCAUCUAGGGAGCUUCAAACUUAAGGCACUCUGCUUUUACUUAGGGUUUGUUUAUUAGUGUCUAAAGUUUACACUUGAUAACAUUUUGUUAUCUGAAAAAUAGCAGUCAUCUGAUAACUGCGAUGAUAGUAAUAGGUAGCGAAAAAAUCACUCCCAAGACGAAUUAUUCUGUAUGCACCAAUUCAAAUUUAACCCUAUAGGCGAAAAGUUAACUUUGACAGUUUUAUAUUAUAAUUGUUGGAAUA